UUGUUGUUCUGAUUGUGCGAACACUGUGAAGUGUACAAUAAUCAUUCCAUCAUUUACGUUUAGAAGAAAAAAUAGUAAAACUAGGGUACGUACCUUAGUAAAACACAAAGAUAAUUUUUAAUAAUUUUGAAAUGGGGUUUUAAAAUUUACAUUUAAAAUCAUCAUGUUUUAGUUUUUUGCUUCGGUAAAUCGUUCGUGGUGGAGUGUAAAAUUCAUGCUAAGUUUUUUUCCCUCGGAUUGUUGUUUCGUUUUUUUGCAUCCGAGUGUAACCUAUUCAUUCCUCGUCUACGGAUUUUCCUUGUAAAUAAAUAUUCAUCGGAUUAGAUUAAUUACAAUUAUUUCGAAUUAAUCUGUCCUAUCAGGCUGUGUUGGUAAAAAAAGGAAUACGUUUCUAAAACGUACAUAAUAUCGAUAAAAAUGCGGAAAGUAAAAUUAUGAGGAUACCAGAAACACUGGUGGCAUCGCCCAAAGAGAUCACCAUGUGGUCUAAAUCAAGCACCGAAAAACAAGACUCGCCUCAAAAUGGCAAAACUCUUGGCAUGACAUCGCCCAUCAGUCUUGCCGAGCCGAAACCCAUCGAUCUACAGCUUACGAAAGAAUUGGACGAAGCGUUGGCCGAAUUCGAUGUCACCGAAUCUGACGAAGAGUUGAAUCAUAGAAUGGAAGUUUUGAGUAGACUGAACGAAAUGGUCAAAGAAUGGAUUUUGGAGAUGAGUUUAGCUCGUAACAUGCCUCGAGAAGUAGCCGAACAAGUCGGAGGAAAGAUCUACACAUUCGGAUCGUACAGAUUAGGAGUUCAUCAGAAAGGCGCCGAUAUCGAUGCUUUAUGCGUAGCUCCUCGUCAUAUCGAUAGAACCGAUUAUUUCUCGUCGUUUUAUGAAAAAUUAAAAAGCUGCCCCGAAGUCAAAGAAUUAAGAGCUGUCGAAGAAGCAUUCGUACCUGUAUUGAAAAUGAAUUUCGACGGAAUAGAAAUCGAUUUAUUGUUCGCCAGAUUAGCUUUGAAAGAAAUUCCCGAUGCUGUGGAUUUAAAAGACGAUAUGAUACUGAAGAAUUUAGAUCAACGGUGUGUUCGUAGUCUGAACGGAUGUCGAGUAACCGAUGAAAUUCUUAGAUUAGUUCCCAACGUGGAAACUUUCAGAUUAGCUCUUCGUGGUAUCAAAUUAUGGGCUAAACAACAUGGAAUUUAUUCGAACGUAUUGGGAUAUCUCGGUGGUGUUUCCUGGGCCAUGUUAGUAGCAAGAACGUGCCAGCUGUACCCGAACGCUGUAGCUUCUACGAUAAUUCAAAAGUUUUUCUUAGUAUUUUCGCAAUGGAAUUGGCCACAUCCUGUUUUAUUGAAACAACCAACCAAACCAAAUUUGAAUUUCCCUGUUUGGGAUCCUAGAUAUAAUAUACCAGAUAGAGCUCAUCUAAUGCCGAUCAUCACGCCGGCUUAUCCUCAACAAAAUUCUACUUUCAACGUUUCCAAGUCUACUCUCAGCAUCGUAGUGAAAGAAUUACAAACUGGAUUCCGUAUUUCUGAAGAAAUCAUAUGCGGAAGAGCUAACUGGAGAUUGUUAUUCGAGAAACCAAAUUUUUUCGCUAGAUACAAACAUUUCAUUUUGUUGAUCGCAUCGUCAAGUACGACAGAAGAACAUCUCGAAUGGUAUGGUUUGGUGGAGGCGAAAGUGCGUCAUUUAGUUACUAUUUUGGAGAAGAAUAAAUGCAUAUGUCAAGUUCACGCAAAUCCUGAGAUCUUUAAAUUGAAACCUGACUACUUUGAAACCAUCGGAUCCGAGUCGCCGAAAGAAAACGAGCCUGUUGAGCAGAGACCAAAUUCGCUGUGGGCCGUUGGAUUAGAAUUCGCUGAGGUUAAAGGAGCCAGUAUCAAUUUAACUCCGGAAAUACAGAACUUUACUAAUGCUGUUAUGAAACAUGCUAAUGGAAUCAAGAUGUACAAAGAAACGAUGAAAAUCGAAACUAAAUACGUUCGUAGGAAGAAUCUAAACUCAUAUUUGCCAAUGGAAAUCAUCAAACGUGAUCGACCGGCAACCGAGAUAUUAGGUCCGAUAACCGAAAACGGCGCCACGAUCCUUCUACGACGUAAUGGCACAGAUGUAACAUCUCCUCCUGCACCUGCAACGCUGGCACCACCGCAAACCAACAACGUUCGCAGAUCGACAUUCAGCAUUAAUCGCGUGGUUAACCAUACUGUCGUCAAUAACGAAAACACCACCCCGACUGCGAGAGUGAAUCCGCUAAGAAGGAAAUCAGAUACACCGACUGAUGAAGCGAGCGUCCCAAAACGAAGGACUUCGUCUGAAAAUAGACCCAAUUUUGGAAACGUAUCGAGUUCGAGUAACACCUCACCGACACCGACGCCGCCGGCGCUUACGGAGGAUGAAAUUAUCGACUUAGAUUUAGACGAAUCGGACGAAGUUGAAGCUGUUGUUAUCGACGACGAUGAAAACGAUAACGAUGAAUCGAGCACUGACCUGAGUAGCAAAGUAGCUGACGAAACAACUAUUUCUUUAAUUGAUUUAACUGAUGAUAGCCAAGAUUCGGAUAUCGGGCUCGUGUCUUCGUCCACCGAGAGGUCUCAAGAACACGGUGAAUGGCCAGUAAUUGCGUUGUAAUGGGUUUUGAAUUUUUCAUCUCUUCGUCGAAACGAAGAGUCAUCAUUAUCGAUUCGUGUCCCAGAACCUGAGAUUGAAUACGCAAUCACGACUGCCACCGGAAGAGUAGAUACCAUCGAAUGGCCGAAUAAGUAUACGACAUUUUCACCAUGGUUCGUUUUUUCAUCUUUCUUCUGCUUUUCUUUUUUUUAUCUUUAUCGUACAUUACAGUUCUAUUUCGCAUAGUACAAAACUGACUGAAAUUUGAAAUUUUUCAUUUUUUCCCCUUCUUUGUUGUCUCUAUAAGCGCUCGUAAUAUUAUUUAAUGUCACGCAGCUUUCGUUUUAGGAUGUUAAUAAUUUUUUAUUGUGAAUUUUUUUUCCUUUCGUUCGUAUUUUUAAAAUGUUUCGUUGAGUUUAUUAAGAGUCAACUUAUUUAGAAAAAAAAAUAUUCAAAAAAAAAUUGAAUAAUUAUAAAAAUACCAAAAAAAAAAAAAAAAAAAAAAAAAAAAACUUCCUAAUGUAUCCUUAUGUACAUUCUUUCGUAUAAUUAAUUCGUUUAUACCUACGAUAAUAAAAACUAAAAACCAAAAAAAAUUUAACAAAACUAUUGGGAAAAAAAUAGUACUUUGAUUAAGAUUUUAUUAAAUUAUAAUAAUUUCUAAAUUUUAACUCAUACGAUAUACAAACUAUAGUACCUAUGUAAUUGGGUUAAAUUCUUUCGAUCCAGUAGUAUUAGAUUUUUACCCUUUACCCCCCUCUGACAGUAUGUGUAAAUGUGCUGUAUGAUGCAGUUUUGUACACAUUUGUUUUGUAUGAGGUACGUAUAUUCGAUAGAUUAGAGAUACUAUAAUAUUACAAGUUAUUUUAACGGAUCGAGAAUUUGACUUGAUAGGCGUACGUAUGUGUUCAAUGAUUAAUCUUAUUUAUUUACCUUCUCUUUUUUUUUUUACCAAAUUCAUUUUGUUUGUACAUAAGAAGUAUUCUAAGUGGCGUAAAAGCCGCCGUUUCGAUUACAUUAUUUUUCAUUCAUCGACGAAUAGAAGGCGAUUAUUCUUUUUUCAAGCCUCGAAUUAUUUUGUCGAUGAACUCGAAACGAAGUACAUACCUAAAUUAAUUGUUGAAGUGCAUUUUGUUUUAUGAGUUUUGCGCGCGAAUAUUUAUUUAUUUUUCUUUACAAAAAUUACUUGGCUUAUUUUUUGUACAACGAGUAUUAAUUAUUUGUGGCGCGUGUCGAGAUGUGAAAAGGAAAAUAUGUUGUGGGAUAAGGUUUGGAGCUUUGGAUGUUUGACCAAAACAACUUUUUUUAGGAAAAAAGCGUUUAAAAUUUUUAUGAGGUGAAAUCUUACUUUUUUAUAAAAUUUUUGCGUCCGUUGUUAUUUUUUUCAACACGAUAUCGUUUCUAGAGAGUUGAAUGUGUGUGAAAAAGUCUCAAAAGUCCGAAUCACAACUUUCAAGACUUAUUUUGAACAAAUGAAGUUACAGUCAUUUAAAAUUGAUCAUAAUUUUUUUCAAAACUUGAACCGACGGAAUUCUGACCAUUCAACUUUAAAAGACGGUUGCUUUUAUUCAGUUCGAGAUAGCUGUUUGAAAGUAUGAUUUUUGAACUCUUGAGACUCCCCCCCCCCCACCAAAAAAAAAACGUGAACAUUGAUUUUUUUGAGGUCUCUGAAUACCCAAACAUAUUGUUUUUAUAUUGGCUAAUGCGAGAGUGUGUUUGUAGUAUGAUCGAGAGUAAUUCGACUUGAAUUAUUCGUACCUAGGUUUUUCAAGUUGUAGUAUUGCUUGAGUUGAUACAAUAUUUAUACGUAGGUAGUAUCUCUGUGUACCAUUUAAUUAUCAUUAUUUUUGUUCAGAAUGUUGUACUACUCGUGUGUAUAUAUAUCUCUGAUUACUUUGUAUAUACCAUUAUGAUUGAAUAAUAUUGUACGUUAUCACUGUUUUUAAUAUGGUAUUCGUGAGAAAAAUACGCUUGUAGUUUUUUCCAGAUGUUAUUUUUAUUGUACCUACGCGUUACGAUUAUUUUUCUUGUUUUUUUUUUUUUUUUUUUUUUUUUCGAUAUGUACCUUCUUUUGCGAAUUAGCCAAUAUACUGUUUUACGUUACUAUAUGCAUGUUCAAUAAGAAUCAAUACAUUUAUUCGGAACACUGGAA